GGUCGCCCUUCAAACGGUUCGUGUAGAUGGGUUCAGAAAUCAAAAUGAAAACAAAAUAAUCACAUUGCGAUACGAUAAUUAUGGUCAUAAUGCAGUGCGAGCCAUAAAGUCUGUUUUACGCACAUUGCGUGAACGGAUAUUUUCCUGUGAGGUUCCCGCGGCCGUAUACGUUGUAAGUCGUACUUGUAUGUACCAUCCAAAUUCCAACCCAUACUGUUUAGCAAUUGUGAUAAAAAUUAAGGAUCGUCACAGGUUUACCUGAUAAUCUGUAAGCAGGAACCCGCCAUCCAUGAUAAAAAAUAGGGAAUCGUCUACCGCUUGUCUAUUAAUGCGGCAGCAGGAAAGUCGUAUUACAUAGUUUCUAUGCGAUUCCGACAUGGAUACCCUUGACUUGCAAGCAAUCAGCAUACAACUGGGUACCAGUUGUUACCGCAUCGGAAGGCUCCAGCAUGACACGCCGGAAGUCCUUAGUAAUGCCUUCGGAAACGCGGAAACCCCCGCAUAUUUUACCUUGGAUGGGCAGGACUCGUUCUAUGGGGAUGACGCUGUGGCGGAAGCGGGGAUCGAUCCGCACAAUACAACCAAAGGCGUUAUGAAAUGCUUUAGUUCCCUGCAUCGUUCUGGUCUUCCAUCCGCUCAACAAUCCGCGGUCAGCAGUGCUGCAUUCAUUUUGGAGAAGAGUUUGGAAGGACUGCUCACCAACGCUGCACCGACCUGGCAAACAAAAUUCCCCGUUAAGGGUGUGGUUGUGGCUAUUGCGUCCGCGUAUUUGGAGCAUCACCAGGACACCGUAGAGAAUGCUGUUAAGAAAGCUCUUCAUGCACAUUGCACUAAUAUCCUAACCAUGGCCGUACCGAAAUCGAUCGCAGGGUUUGUCAGUUAUGCCAUGCACAAUGACAAGUUUCCCGAUGGCCAGCAUUUGGUAAUAGUGAUCGGGGCAACGGUUACGGAAAUACGUGCCUUUGAUGUACGCAACCAGGUCGGCAAUCCUAAGGAGCUCGUGUGGUCAUUCAAAUUUGGCGGACAAAUCUUCGAUGACCUCCUUGCUGAAUGGUGCUGCGACGAAUUCCAGCGCACCACCGGCAUCGACGCCAGGCUGGAUUUGGGAGCCAUGGAAAGGCUAUUAGUAAAAUGUGAAUCGGUUAAACGCAAACUGUCUGCCGCAAAAAUGGCCCUUGUGGAUGUGCCCAGGUUUAUCCAAAAUCACAAACUGCAGAUGAACGUGUCCAGGGAAGAUCUCGAAAGACUGGGCGCCGCUGCCAUACAGCAGUUUACCAUCAACCUUCAAGACGUUGCCGCGAAGGUACAGGUUUCUACUUUGUCGGGUAUCGCUAUUCUGGGUGGCGCAUCCAGGAUGCCUUGUUUGCAAAAGGCCGUUUUUGAUGCAUUUCCCCAUCAUCUAAUUAAAACGGCAAUGAAUCCGGUUGCGCACGUUGCGGUACUGAACGGAGCGAGCUACUUAACCGGUGCGUUUGCUAGUCCAGAACUGUACAAUUCAUUAUCAUCGCGAUUGUUGGACAUUGGACUGAUCAGACAAUGUGCUAGUGAGGAUGUUCUGCAAUAUCUUUCUUCCACUGUGGAAAUGUCAGGAAAAAUUAAUUUCCUAGCAGACACUGAACAACCACCGCUUAAUUCCAGUUUCUUGACCGAUGACGAAAGUGAUGACCACAAUUCAAGCGACCGUUACGAAAACGCUGGCACUUCUAUCGAUGACAGGCGUCACCCUAAUACGGACGAAGGGAACCUUAUCGCCAGCGCCGAUAAUACUGCUCAAAAGCCCCGGAGCGAAACUGAGGCACUAGCGGGCGCUUCCAGGAGCGAAAUGACUUUGGAAUCGGUCCGAGCAGAAUAUCAGACUCUUGCGAAGCUAAAAAGCAUUGCUGUGCAAACCGAAAAAGCCGAAUUAGUGACAGCCUCGUCUCCAACGAGAUACGGUGCAUUGGAUGAACUGGUUACGCGAUCGCAACCGACACGAAUACCAACUCCAAACGAAGACCGGACGAAUAUUGUUGUAGGGAACACAAUUGCGGCAACUAAUGCAGUACCACCCACGCCACCCUCACGUAAGCGAAGGAGAGCUCAGUCUACCUCUGAUGACAGUUAAACGUUUCAAUAAUAUAGCGGAAAUUCUGGGAAUGUCUGGGCUGCUGGAAAUGUUGAAAUGGAGAAGUCGGUGUGAUCCGGAUAAAAAUAUUAAUUGCCGGCGUUCGAUCAAUUGGUCCAGUGUACUUUCAGUUGUUGAUCGGAUGCCUCAAACAAAGAGCAUCCCGGACACCAGCCUUAAGAAUAGAUAAAAGAGCUUCCUUUUUUGAAUCAAAGUGCAAUUUUUUUAUCGCUGCUUUACUUUAAAUAACUUAAUUUAGUUGCUUCACAAUGAUUAAUUUUCAUGUCUGUAUACUGAAACGAUGUAAAAGGUUUGCAAAUAUACGAAAGCGGCAUAAUUAUCGGGCAGCUAAGGCAAUACAAAAUUGAAGAGUUUGAAACUGUAUUAACCGAAAU